GAUGUGAUUUGAUUGGCGGACUAGGAAAUGUGUUAGUUUAUCUGUUGUAAGGGUUGCAGUGUUUAGGUGCUAUAGUCAAGGAUUUUCAGGAACUAAAAUAAUUUUCGCUUCCAUAGAUGGUUUCGUCCUGUGAAAAUAUCGCUGACAAGUACCCUCAAUCACAGAAACUGGGGAUGAGUUCGUAUUUACCUAUGCGGCCCACUGCUUCCACUCGACCAGGCGAUGACAUCCAUUCGGCAUCAACAGACAAUUCAACAUAUAUGGAUCAUUUUCUAAAUAUUCCUGAAAUAUGUCCUUCAUCUACAGACUAUCGGUCUCCCCGAUAUUAUAUGGGGUCCUACCAGGCAGAAGCAUGUCGUAUGGAAGCACUUCAACAACACCGAAGUCACGACCUAAGGAUGGGUUUACAGGGGGGACGGUCAUCAUUCUACCCAAAUAUGAGUGUUCCCAGUAACUUACGCUUCAGAGACAAUUGCACUGAUGGAUUAACAACGAACGGUACAAACAACAAAGCUGAACCUCUUAGUCCCUGUUCCACUGGUACCCCAGCCAGCGCGAAUGAAGGAGAAACACCACCAUCAUUCUACCCGUGGAUGUCUAUAGUAGGGCCAAAUUCAAAUCAGAGACGGCGAGGACGACAGACGUAUACGCGGUUUCAGACCCUAGAACUGGAGAAAGAAUUCAAAUUCAACCGUUACCUCACACGACGGAGAAGAAUAGAGCUUUCUCAUAUGCUUUGUCUAACGGAGCGACAGAUAAAAAUAUGGUUUCAAAAUAGGAGAAUGAAAGAAAAGAAAGAACUACAAGCUAUUAAGGAACUUAACGAACAGAGUAAAUUAGCAGACAAAGGAACAAGAACUGUUACAACCAGUCCUCCUUCUCCAACUGAAUCAUCAAGCUGAAAGUCAGUUCGUGAAACGGAACCUACCUCCAAAGUAAAACGAUUGUACGGAGCAUAGCUCCCCAUACGCUUCUCCGACAAGAUACAAAAGAGUGUUCUCCCGCCCAAACGGUGGUUCAAGGGAAAACAUCUCGGAGAAAGCGCAUGCGCUGUACUGCCAUUUGGGUCAGAGUUGGAUUUGACUCAAUAGUACCCUGUUCAAAACGAGAAUCUUCACCAAUAACGAGAAACCUUAGCAAUUAUAUGAUGAGAUGUUGAUUUUAUUUACAUGGAAAGACUAGCGAUGACAUGACAAAUAUUGAAGUAUGGUGGAUGUAAAUGUGAAUGGAAUUUUCAGGUUGUGCAGGUUUUGGUUGAACAGCUCGGGUGAAUUGUUGGCAAAACAGAGAAAGCAUAUCAAACGAAAAUGAUAUUUGAAACAGUCAGAAAGUCAUUCUAUAUUUGGGAUGAAAUUACAUUACUAGAAUUUGUAGUUUCUUGUAAAUAAGGCUUUCAGUGGCAAGCUACAUAUUCUACCAAGAAGACCGGCUAUUUAAAUAUGCCCUGAUCAAACGAGAAAUCGACACCAGUCUAGGUUUACAUUGCCAAUUAACAGCAACGUUGGUGCAUUCUAGUUAUCGCGAUACUGUACUUUAGCUCAUUAAUAUCAUUUAGUGGUAUGCAAAUCUAUAGAAUGGUCAUUAUGACAUCCAUUAUAAUUCAUAGAACCAAAUUCAUAUAAUACCGUGGGCAAGUCUACGAUAUACUUUGAAAUCCAUAUAAAUGUUAUAUUCGUUGAAUCCAUUCAGUUACUCGUAUUAUCUGUCCGUUGGAUACAAUCUAAACUUAUUUGUUUCUUAUAAUUAUAUUGACCUGUUUCAAUUGUCCUCUUUAUAACUUAUUUCCAUAAUGUAUUUUCUACCAAAGAGUGUUCGAUCUAAAUUAAAGGUUUUCUUCAAUCUUAAUUAUUGUUCAGACGAGGACUAUCAGGGAUGGCAAAUAUAUCUUUUUCCCUAAAUACACUUUUUUAUUAUAAUGUCAAAAUUCGUUUCAAUAUGUUGCUUUUGUGUUGAGUAAAACAGUUAUGUAUCUAUGGUGUCACCCAUUCCUAUUUUCCCACAAUUUUAUCAUAUAUGACUGACUGCUAAUCAUUUCGAACCGUAAUACAUUAUGUGAUGCCAACUUUCAAAAUAGUACGUAUAUCAUCCGCUUCUUCAGGAAUACAUGCAAUGAGCUGACUUCAUAUGAAUGGUAUUUGUUAAUAAAUAAUCUGUCAAUACACUGCCAAAGCCAGUAUAUUACACUACUGUAAAAAUAUAAUUACGUCUCGAUGACCAUUUGGGCUUUUACAACUACGGUAAUCCUGUCUUGACCUACUAUUACAACUGCCAAAGUUACGUUCAAGAAGAAUCUUUACAUUUUUUUUCUGUUAGCUUAUUGCCAAAUUUGGUGUUCCUUAAAUUUGUAUGUCCAGUAUCAUGAUAUCCUAAAUAUGCCAUUUAAAAAAAAUAAGAAUAUGUGAUCCUAUGCAGUUUUUGUUCCACAUCGUUGUAACUGUGACAAAAUAGAUAAAAAUACUGCUUUGAUGAAAGUAUACAUAUCACAAUUACAUUGCAAUGGUGUUAGCAACCUGUUGAGUUUCCAUACCCAGAGUAAAAUGUCAUCUAUAAAUACAUAUAUAAACAAAACAUAUUUAGCUUUUCACAAUAUAAUCAAAUAUUUUAUGGAGUGAAUAACACGAUAUUGAUUAUUUAAGAACCAGAAUGAACUAUAUAUAUAUUUAUAUAUAGCAUGAAAAUGUCAAAGCAAUUCAGUUUCCAAAAUUUAGGACAGAACUAAUAUAUUCACCUGUUUAUGAUCACAUAUAAACAUUUGCAUAGGACGAUGUAAUGCGUGCUAAUAUCUAAUACUUUUGAUUUUUCUUAUAAGUACAAUAUACACUGGAUGUAUUACAAAGAUCAAGAUCAAGAGAACAAAUGUUUUAGAGGUUUUGCUGGCAUUUCUUCCCAAAGUCGUCAUUUUUAUGUAUUAUAAUUGCCAUUAUUAUUCCCUCAUUGCAUUCUCUAUACAGCUCUGAAGGAUUUAUCUAAAUUAUUUUGGGGUCCCUUUUAACAUACUAAAGAUAAUCAUUCGUAGAUCAUUCCCAUUUAAUAUAAGAUAUAAGAAUGAAUAGUGUAUAUAAAUUCGUCAAUUAAAUAAGAUACAUUCAGUCUCCAUAUAAGCUUCCUACGUUCUAUUUGCCUACACAUCUGAAUAUAUAUAUGGCAAAAUUGUGGGAUCAUCAUGUCAUUGUUCAUUGUCUAUGUUUUGUUUAAUGUCGCCGUGUUAUAUGAAACUAUACAUGCAUAAAUGUACUAUACAUGUAGGUCCAUGUUUAAACGAGAAAUCUUCUAUUUGAAUUUUCAUUGGAAUAUUAUUUGUUAAAAUAUUUAUAUUACGAUUCAAUGGGUAAACUUGUAUGUAGCGCCCAGUUGGCCAAACCUUACAACGCCUUUUUAUAUUAUUUUCUAUCAACUCCUUAUUUUGAAUUUGUAUGCCAAAUACUGAAAUGCGAAUGUUGCAUUUGGUUUAAAAUCAACAUAUGAGAGACAAAAGAUAUAUUUUCAUAGGACGUGUAACGUAGUCUAGAUUAAAAGGUGAUCUCUCAAGGUGUUGUCUACUUAAUUGUUGUCCAGCUGGGCGCUUACAUUUCUUUAUUGUAGUCCUGUAAGGGGUAAAUAUAUUUCUUUUUAUAUUUGUCAUAUUGGAUGUAUGUGUGUAUGUCGAUCAAACUUUACAAGCAUAAAACUGAAAACGAGAAAAAUUGCAAUAAAUUCAAAUUUUGUUGAGUUAU